AUGGCGCCGAUGAGUUUGCCUCCAGGUUUCAGGUUUCAUCCAACAGACGAAGAGCUAGUGGCAUACUAUCUGGACAGGAAGGUCAACGGCCGAACCAUAGAGCUUGAGAUUAUCCCCGAAGUUGAUCUCUAUAAAUGCGAGCCAUGGGAUUUGCCUGAGAAGUCAUUUUUGCCGGGAAACGAUAUGGAAUGGUACUUCUACAGCAGGAGGGAUAAGAAGUACCCAAAUGGGUCUAGGACAAACCGUGCGACCCGAGCCGGCUACUGGAAAGCCACAGGGAAAGACCGUGCAGUAGAAUCAAAGAAGGUGAAGAUGGGGAUGAAGAAGACCCUUGUUUAUUAUAGAGGAAGGGCUCCCCAUGGCCUUCGUACUAACUGGGUGAUGCAUGAAUAUCGCCUCACUCACCUUCCUUCUCCAUCCCCCUCCUCUUCUAUCAAGGAGUCGUAUGCAUUGUGCCGUGUGUUUAAGAAGCAUAUACAAAUUCCAAAGAGAAAAGACGAAGAGAUGAUGAUGGGUACUAGCGUUGGAAAAGAGAAAGAAGAAGAAGAAGAAGAAGAAGAGAAAAUGUGGAGAAAAUGUGAUGGGAAUGUGGAGGUAAGGAUGGAAAGAGAAAGCGAAGAAGACGAGAGCUUAAAAAUGGCAUCUGCGGAGACGUCCUCAUCAGAGCUCACACAAGGGAUCCUUUUAGACGAAGCAAACAACUCAUCCAAUUUCGCCCUUCAUUUCUCAGCUUCUCUUCUCGAAGAUCAUGGUGAUCUUUUUGCAAACUACUCUCACUUUCCUUACUAUCCUCCUCUCCAACUCCAAGAUUUUCCUCAGCUCUCUAUGAACGAAGCACAGAUUAUGUCAACCGAUAACUCAAAGCAACAAGACUUUCAGUGCAGAGACUCAAUGAAUGGGACACUUGACGAGAUCUUCUCUUCUUCGGGGACCUUACCCCUAUGACACUAAUAUACAUAAUCCUUAUUUGAUAUUCAGACUUAUUUUUUU